AUUGCUUGCCCAAAAGUUUCUUUUUUCACUUUUCAGUUGUUUUUUUUCUGAUAUUUCUCAACUUCAGUGAGUAUGUGUGUGUGCGUGCGUGCGUGUGGCUUGAUUUAUAUCAAUCUUUACAAUUUUUUAUUUAUUUAUUUUCGAAAAUAAAAAAGGAAAAUAUUAACAAAAUUUGAGCUAAACGUCUGUUUUGCCGCGAUUUUGGACCGAAACGAAAAUGAAAUAGCACCAAUGCGUUUGAUCUAUUGCCUGCCGAAGCGCCUGCGUAUAGUAUUCACUUGUAAUUUAACACGUUUUCGCAUACAAAUCUAAUUCUUGCGAUGAUAUUGUGAAAGUCUUGUCAGAAAAGAGGAAUUUAGAAUUUAAUUUUUUUUUAAUUUUUUUCAUUUAUAUCCGUUUGUUUUUCGAUCGUCGCAAGUCUAGUAUUUUGCUACCGUUUUGUUGCUACAGCCUUUUCCGCUCACUGUGUUUUCUUGUAUUCUUGUUUUCUGUUUUUUGUUUUUGUUUUUGUGUUUGGUUUUCCUUAUUUAUUAGUUUUCAAACAACUUUCGCGACAGGUACGCCGCGUUUCUAUCGUUCUUUCUUUUAAUUUUUACUUAAUACUGGUUUCUGUUUUGGGUUGUUGCUAUUUUUUGUUUUGCUUAUUACGUUAUUUAUCUUGUUUAUUCGCUUGUCAUUGCGUAUCUCCCAAUUGAAUCACGUUAACAUCAAAGUACAAAGUUUAUACUAUUCGAAUCACAUGUAAAAUUUCUACAAUUCUUCUUCUUCUGCUCAUUUUCAAGUGUUAUAAAGAGAGAGAAAACUGUUUGUUUUUUUUUUUUUUUACAUACAGACAUUUUUGGAAACAUUAUUUAAGUUAGGUGCCGUAAUAUAUAAGAGCAAAAGCAGCUUAGUUAAGGUGAACACAAAGUGAGCAGUCAAAACUACUUAUCUCUUCACCAUUUUUAUUAGUACCACAAAAACACUAUGCAACCUGGUCUAUGGAUUAUUCUUUAUAGUAAUUUUUUGUCAUUAAAAAAAAACACACAUUAAGUGAAGCUAUCUAAAACGAAAUUUCAAGUAUUCAUAAAUUAGCUUUGCAGACCUUUUGAUACACAUAUAUAGUACAUCUUUGGUAGACUUUUAAUUGUCCACAAAAAAUUGUAUCUAUAAAUCGGCACGGCAGUUAACAUCAUUGAGCACGUGUAACUUGUUCAAUCUGACAGCUCUGACGUCAUUCAUCGAACGUGUUGUUCAACAGUAAUAAAAGUGUUUAUUUAUAAUAUGACAGUUGAGUGUUGAAAACUAAGAAUAAAUGUAUCAAAGAACGUCUGCAGAAAACGAUAAUUAAGUUUUAUUAUACCAAUUGGGGAAAUACAAAUUCUUUUACAUCAUGAGAAACAAAUUCCCAUCUUCGUUGCUUAUGUCAAGGAAGAUAUCAUAAAACAAUGAUGUAUCAGCCAGAUAUGUAUAUACUCAUACUAUGGACGAGAAAAAAAUCAAAUUGACUGGCAAAAAAGAGCGAAAUUAAAAGGCUGUUGAUGAACUUGAAGAGACCCAAAAAUAAAAGAAGAACAAUUAAAUGAAAAUAGAAAAAAAAAAAUUAAAAUAAAAAAAUACAAAAAAAUUUAAAUAGAAGUACAAAAACAACAAACACUAAAAAUACAAAAACAACAACAUUCAAGUGAUUAAAUUUUUUUUUACAAACCAAAUUGACAGCACCGCCGUGAAAAGUAAAAUUUGAAAAGUGCGAAAUCAAGAGUGAUUGUGCAAGCAAUUACAGCACUUCAACCGAAAGUGGCGAGCAACUGAUUGCGUCGAACCGAAAAAUCACUGUUAAAUUACGCAAUUUCGCUGAUAUACAUACAUAUGUAUGUGCGUCUAUAGAGCAUUGAGGCUGUUGACAAAAGUGGAGCGCAAAUAAAAUAAAACAAAAAAUAAAACAAAAAAUAAAAGUAAAGCAAGCAACUGAAAAUAAUAUAAAAAGUACGUCAACUGCAAAAAAAAAAACAACGACAACAACAAAAUCAUCAAAAUUAAUAGUGACAGCUAGCCAGCGUGGCGUCGGCAUCCUAGCAGCAGCAGCAGCAGCACUCCGCGAGCGCUAGUUUACUUCAUGGCGUUGUGCUGUCGUCGCCAAUAGCGUUCGACAAAUGUCCGUGCGACAAUUUUGUUAAUUAAUUGACUUGUAAUUGAAUUAAUGCGCCAAUAAACAUACGCACGCACGCACGCCUAUACAAGCGCAUAACUGCAUAACGGUACAGCGCAUACUACUGUGCCUGCUGUAUGUGUGCAUGUUUGUUUAGCCGUCGCUGCAAGUUUGCCGUCCAGUCAGCGAAAUUCGACACUGAUUUGCGCUAAUUUAAUGAGUUUCUCCUGUUAACUGCCGCCGCCGCACGCAUCGCUUCAUAACAGUUAUUCCUACUCCUCUACCUUCAACUCUUCAAUUCACCACUUGUGUGUGUGUGUUUCUGUUGUAAUAAUGCUCAACUAUCACGCACCACAGCCACAGCUACAACAACCACAAACGCAGUUGGCGCAAUUGAGUGGCUCAAUUGCUAACACCGACAAUUUCUAUUACCCACAAACGGUGAACGUGCCAAACGCGCUGACAUUACACAAUGCUAAUAACGGUGGUGGACGCGCGGUGACAGCUGCGUCGGCAGCAUUGUUAGCGGCAGCGUCGUCAUCUACGUCGUCGUUGGAUCAGCUCCACAGUCUGACACAGCAUAAUGCAUUUGCGGCACAUAAUUGCAAUAAUGGCAACAACAACAACACGAACAACUGUAAUGCCAAUACCAUUAAUAUGAGCUCCACCGUCGCCGCCGGUGAUGGCACAGCUUAUCGGCAGCAACAACAACAACAGCAACACCAACAACAACAGCAGCAUCAUCAUCAGCAACAACAACAACAGCAACAACAGCACCAACAGCUUAGCCAUCAUCACACACAACAACCAUCGCAAACGGAUCGAAUUGCCGUUAGCGGCAACGGUAAUAUUGUUGGUUGCCGCAAUUCCUCCUGCUCAUCCGAUGAACUUACAAAAAUUGAAGAUAACUAUCCGUUGCACGUUGUUGGCGGUAAACAUUCGGAGAAUGUGAAACGUUUCUCCGUGAACAAUUUGCUGGAAUUGGCCAAUGAUUGCCGCAUUUCAGGCAAAUUGCAGCAGCAGCAGCAUCAGCAUCAACAGGAGAAUAUGGAUGGCUCGCAAAUAAAUGAUCUAGAUGACAGUUUCCGUAGCAGCAAUGACGAUUACCCGGACACGUCAAAUUUAAUGGAACUAACACACACAGCACCGUUGCAGCAUCACCUGCCGACCGCACAUCCCACGCACAUGUUGCAACAUCACAGCGAACAACAACAAAUGCUUGCCCAACAACAUUCACAACAUGGUCCGUCGACUCAACAACAACAUAAUUCACGUAAGCCACGUCGCAAUCGCACCACCUUCACCUCUGGCCAAUUGACAGCAUUGGAGAAGGUCUUCGAACGUACACACUAUCCGGAUGCAUUCGUACGCGAAGAGCUGGCCACCAAAGUGGGAUUGAGCGAGGCACGUGUACAGGUAUGGUUUCAAAAUAGACGCGCAAAAUUCCGUCGCAAUGAACGGAGCUCAACGAGUGGCCGCUCCAUUCUGGCGAGUACACCACAACCGGUGCCGCCCAUCAGCGUCACGCACAAAUUCGAUAAAGCCAUCGCUGGUAGCGGCAGUGCGGGUGGAUUUUUUCAUCAGCAAAUGGAUCAUGCGGCCGCAGCCGCAGCUGCUUACACUUUGAGCUUUCCAACACUUGGCAUGUAUUCGUCGGCGGCGGUGGCUGCUGCGGCUGCAAAAAAUUAUGCAAAUUCCUAUAAUGCAUUUGGUAGUGGACCGACGGUUGGUGCUGGCAUGGAUGGUCUCACUGGUGCCACGGGUGGUGGUGGAGGUGGCGGCUGUGGCUUCUUUGGUGCUUCGAAUUAUUGCACGCCUGCUACUGGUUAUCAGCACAGCUAUGCAACGCUGCGGUAUAAAGGCGCGCAAGGAUUUUAGCGCUAUGAAAUUAAAUGCUGUGAGCAGCCGCAGAUAAGUGAAUAAAAAGCACAACUUAGUUCAAUUUUCAUCAAUACACUUAAGGAGAUUCGUUCAAUAAAAUAUUUAUUUAAUAUUAUCUAUUUUGCGCACUAUAAGUAAAUCGAAUGCAAAUCAAAUAUGAUUUUUAUUGAAUUUCGUGAAAGAAGAACUUGGAAAUAACUUUGCGAAAUCAAGGAGUGGCAAAUGUCACUUCUCGGAAUCUAUGGCUCUGUGUAAUAAUGUGUAUUCUGCGUCGUUAUGACAUUUUCUUGCUGUUUAUUGGUUUAACGAGUGAGUGGAAGUGAAGAAAUAGCUUUUUUUGAUUGUCGACCGUUUUGCAAAUAUGAUUUAUUAUAGUUCGUUAGUACUAGUGUAGCGACGUUCGCUAUAGAAAAAUUUAUUGCUGUUUUAAAUCGUAUUUUUCAAAGACAUUGUUGUAAAUUUUUGAGUAAUCUGAAAUAAAAUAUAUAGCAGAUUGGGAAUAUUUUGUCGUUCGGUAUUACGAAAUCACUUUUUUCUUUCAUUACGCCGUUCGAUCUGUUUUGAUACUGCAGCAGUUUAUUAUUAAUGGUUAUGACCUCGGCGGAAAGUCUUGAGACGUGCCUCAAACAAAACAAUUUAUUUCAUGCUGUAUUUUUAAUUGCUUUAUCAUGGAAGAAAAUAUCCCAAGGAUCAUUAGAAAAAUGUUGGAACUGAUUUUUAAAUGACGACGGUAUUCGACGAAGAGGACAACAUUCCACUCUCUAUACUUAAGCAAAGUGGAGACAUCAUCGUGACCAUAAACACUUUACGUCUACUAAGGCACGUGAUUCCAAAUGAAGCGUUUAAUGACAACAAUUAGAACGCUUGGAAUAAUGAGAAUAUCGUAUAUAACGAUAUACUGGCAACCAGCCAGCUAACAAUUGUUGUUCGAGCAGAAUCUCAAAAGGUGAAUCAUGUGGAUGCAAUUAACUGUUGAGAAUAAUAUUGACAGUUGCAAAACGCAUACACUGAGAAAUCUACAAGAAGAAGCCAUGCAAAGGAGUUUACAGAUAAAAAAUACGUCAGAUUUUAAUGAAUUUCUGGCAGACUAAUGUUGUAUGCUAUUUUACUACUUUUGUUCAACAUCAGAUGAAUUUUAUUUUUGUUUUUUAAUAUACUAACUCAGAAAUUAAUAUUAAAAUUAACGUAAACACAUAUGAACAAAAAUGUAUACGUUUAGCUUUUGAUUGUUUUUUUUUGUAUUUUAUGAAUGUAAAAGAAAUUGUUUUUUUUUUGCAUACAGUUCAUAAUUUUUAAUCUCAAUAUAAGAGAAUAAUAUUUCGUGGCGAUUACUCGAAUUUUUUACUUUUAUGAAUAGGUCUGACAUUAUAUAAAUCGUAUUAUUGGAAAUAAAAAACAUUGGACCUAUUCGUUUCGAUCGAAAAAUGGUUCGAUACGAUCGAAAAAUUUUACGUCGAAAUCAUUGAAACCGUAUCGAAAAUAAAAUGUACGAUCACAUUGAACUCACUUACCGACUCGAAAAAAUACAUUCCGCGGCUAAUAUAUAUCGCUAAUUACGAAAUCAUUAAAUCCGCAAAAUCGAAAAUUUGGUCGAAAUCUAUUCGUUGAUGAGUGACGGACUAAAUUAUAUUUUAUAUGGGUAUUUCAGAGACAAGAGACAAACACAGACUAACAGAAAUAAAUUUAAGGUGUUUAAAAGCGAUAUAAAGUUGUCCCCCAGAAAUAGUGAAAGAAUUUUCUCAAAGAUCCUCAGGCGAAUUAAAUACAUUUUGGGAAGAAUUUUCAAAAUUGUUAAACGGUGUAGGCUCUCCAAUCUAGAUCAAAACUGGAUGAAAGAAACUGAAUAAAGGCAUAUCAUAGCAUAUAUUCUGGGUUAUUAAAAUAUUUUAUUUUUAGUUUGAAACUGAUUUUAAUCCUGUAACCAAAUAACAAAGGUCUACAACUUUGCUGCCGCCGUUUUCCAAUAGAUGUCUCUAGGGUCAAGCACUGGUCGAUUAAACCGAUUUUUUUUAUAUCGAUCUUGGACAUUUGUGUCAACAUUAACUCAACAAAAUUUUUCAGAGAUCUGUUUGCAUCCCAAACUUAUUCUGAAUUGUAAAUGUCACUUUUUGAGCCGCAUUCUCGACAUUUGCGGGAAAUUUUGCUUUUAUUUUUUAAUUCCAAGAAAAGUGCGGCUGAGGCCCAUCGAAUGCUUUCGGAUACGUUCGGUGAGGUUGUCCUAAGUGAAAAAAGCCUUAAAUUUACAAAAAACGGCGGAAGCAAAGUUGUAGACCUUAUACUAAAAAGCAAUUUAUUGAAUUGAGUAUUGAAUUAUGACUAACGUCUCCUCAAGAAAUAUGUUUGAAUUUUGUACAAUAACCCAAGCUUUCUAAGGCAACGCAAAUAACAGUAUACAAUAUUUCAAUUUACCGAAUAUAAUCAACCUACAAUCCAAUUUUAUUGAAGUAUUUUCUCAUUUUUGCCUUUCAAUAACAGAAAUAACCAAUAUUUCAAACCAAAGUCGAUGUAAUUUUAUUAUUUUUAAUUCCUUUACCAAAUUUAUACUUACUUUCUAGCCCAAAUUCUUGCAAAUGUGUCCUACGCACGCAAAUGAAUGCAGAGUGGGUGUGUGAUUUGUAUUUGACUAACUUUGCUAAACCCAUUAGAAUUGACCUACCUACGCACUGACCUUUAAACUUAAGGCAGCCAUUACCUUCGGUUGUGCUAGCAAAAGUUUUUGUCACACACAAUUGUAUUACUUCUGCUGCAACCUUCUUCCUUUACGCAUUCGAAACUCAUUAAUUUUGCGGUUGUUUGACGCACAUUUGAAACACAAACACCCACAAAGAGACUGUGUACUUUACGUGCUGCAUAAGACUUUAGCAAUGCAGUUGACUAAAGUAAGUAAAGAGUUUUGUGCUGCAUUGUAUUGCAAACACUGACGACGUCACCCACACACAUAUCUGCACCGGAAGUGUGCGUUUGCUUUUGCAACACGUAUACAGGUGAGACAGCACAGGAAAUGAAAAUUUCAGAAAAAAAAGAAAAAUUUCUCAUUACACUCGAUGUGUGGGUGUGGGAAAUAGCAAAACACACACGUUGACCGUUUGCGAGAGAAAAAGUUUCAGCAAAACCGCAGGGAGUAAACCAACUUUUGGUUUGCGAAUGAAAAUUUAUUUAAUAGUAUUUUUUAAUAAAAACAUUUUAUAUUGCAUUCUGUAUGGCAGAAGACAGAUAAUAGUUGAAUGCGGUCAAAUUACUCUGCUAGUUAGUCAUUUCAUUCGAGAAGAGAGUAUCUAAGGUAAUGAUUCGAGCUUGGGUAUAUCUGGAAUAGUUCUUGAAAAGCUGAAAGGUUGGAAGGUGUUUCGAAUAUUCUAUGUCAGUUAUUAGUAUCAGGAAAUACAGAAAUACUAUUAGUAAAAAAAGUGUUUUCUACUACUAAACUAGUCGAACAGAAGCAAAAAUUGAAACUAUUUGUGUUCAGACUAAUAUACAGUUGAACUUCCAUAACUCCAACUUCUAUAACUCGAAGAUCUCAAUAGCAUGAACUCUUGAAUUGGCAAUAGCGGUUUGAAGCCAUCCUUUCAUAACUCAAACUUCCUGAACUCGAACACUUAAAUUGCCAAUAGAAGUCAAAUUUCAUAAAAACAAUCCUUCUAUAAAUCGAACUUUUCAACCAGGGCAUUAUACAAAAUUUAUAAUGUACUAUCGAGGCAGAAUUUUAAAGGAGUCCUAUAUCGUAUAAAGGUGAACAAAAGUUAUAAUAUUACACUUAUGGAUUGUAUAAAUCAUUUAUUAAAGGCAGAUUAUUAAAUUGUCUAACUAAUCUAAGGCUGCUGAAGUUUCGGGCGUUAAUCGUAAGACAUUUAGCGGUGUUUUAGUAGUUUUGAGCCUGAUCCUUACAAAGGGGUGGGUGUGGUUGUUGUCCAAUUUCAUCCAUUUCAACGCUGUGUUAUGAAAUAAAAACAAAAAAUCUGUGUUCAGAACAAUUCAUCUCGUCUUUCUUUCUGAUAAUUUUUGUAUUUAUACCAAUACUUACCUUAUUUACUGUAUUCUGAUUUGUUACUUAAGAACUAAUGUUAUAUAUGUACCUCUCAAUGCAAUAUCCUUAUAACAAUUUCAUUAAAUAAAGGGACGCUACAAAAGUAGACCGAUAGGGACGACGCCAUAUUUUUUCCUCCUCUUUUGACAUUUCUAGUCAGUAAGGUUUGCUAUUGCAUCAUGGAUAUGAUCCAAUAACGAAUCGAAAUUAUUAAAAUUUACUACCGAAAUUCGUAGUCAUUGGCCUCAACUUUAAGAGCGCUACGUCCAAUUUAUGGUCGUCAAAUUCGUCCGGGCAGAUCAAUAAUUGAGCGUCUAGUGGAAAAAUUUGAAUCCACAGGCAUAGUACAAAAUGUUCCCGCGCCAGUGAGACAAUAAAGUGCCCGUAAUGUCGAGAAUAUUGCUGCCGCUCGCGCAUCAAUUGAGAAAGACCCAUAUCAGUAUCUUACACGUCGUUCUCAAGCGUUGGGCAUCUCUAUGACGCCUUGGUCUACAUCCUUACAAGAUGAAAUUGACGCAAGAACUAAAGCCGUUGAGUAACAACUUGAAAAUGUUCCGGAUUUUCAUCGAAAAAUCAUCUUCAGCGAUGAGGCUCAUUUCGGGCUGAAUGGCUUCGUCAAUAAACAAAAUAUGCGUUUUUGGUCAGGCAGCAAUCCACACGUACUCCAUGAGUCACCAUUGCAUCCCCAAAAAAUUACGGUUUGGUGCAGUUUGUGGGCCGGCGGCGUCAUUGGACCGUACAUCUUCAGUGAUGAUCAAGAUCGGCAAGUUACCGUGAAUGGGAAUCGCUACCGCUCAAUGACAACCGAAUAUUUUUGGUUCCAAGUUUGGUGAACGUGUUAUCUCACGAAAUGACACAGUCUAUUUACUGUGGGGCUACGUCAAGUCUAUAGUCUAUGCCAACAAGCCAGCGACGAUUGAUGAACUUCGUAAGAACAUCGAACAUGAAAUUGCAGCAGUAUCGGCCGAUUUAUGCUUGAAAACCGUCGAAAAUUGGGUUCAGCGUCUGGACUGCUGAAAGUGGUGGCCAUGCAACAGAAAUCGAAUUCCAUACAUAAUGGGAAUUUCAUUGAUAUCCCAAACCGUUUUUGUUUUAUUUGCUUUUGUAGCGCUCUUAUUGAAAACCCUGUAAAUAUGUAUAUCUCCUUUGAAUAUCGGAAUGUUUUUCAUGCUUUUCCAGCUAAUGUUAUCCAGUUCAAGUACAUACCUUUCAUAUUUUAUCUUCCAAGAUAAAUAAAUAAAACUACAAAAAUUGUUGUUACACAUUCACAAAGUAAAGUACGAAUAUUUAUUCACGUCAUUUAAUUACUAAUGGGAUUCUGCUUACAAUUCAUAUGAUUUAUUCGCAAUCCAAUUUGCAUAUGGUGAAUUGCAAUUUCAUAAAUUUUUAUUAAUACAAAUACUAUUCAGAAACACAAGAGAUUGCGUUUAUUAUUCAGAAUUUCAUUUAUAUCAUGAAAUUUAAAGGGAAGUGUUGUAAAGAAGCAUACAAAAAUAUACAAACAUUUACAAUAAAUUAAUAUUUUUAUAACUUUACAAUAACAUAAAUCUAAUAUGGUUACUAUUGUUUGCUCUAAGAUAGUUGAAGGGAGAUAAUAUAUUUCUUAAUAAUUUGGAAAUUAUUUUUAUAUAUAGUUGAGUGAUUUAUUGUUAUGAAGAACAAGAGUGAUCUAUAAAAUUGGCUUAAAGCGAAAGUGUAGAAGAUGGUAAUAGGAGUGGAGUUAGAAUUACAUAUUUCUCUGAUUUACGUAUCAACUGCUAGCACUCAGUUAUAAUAUAUUUAUUUACAUUUCGACUAGUUUUACUUGUGGUUUAUUUCAUGCUUACUAUUUAUGUUUGCAAAUUAUUUUAUUUAAUUUUAAAUUUGCUGCAUUUAGAGCCCCACAUUUAUUUUUUUAACUGCACAUAUUUUUGUAUACUUAAUUUUUAAUGCUUUAAUUUACUUAAGAUGAAAUAAACAUUUAUCGAUUGUAUUUAUAUUUAUACGUUUUUAUGUAUGUACAUAUUCUCCUUUGGUAUGAACUAUUUAUGCGUAUUUUCCGUUUUCCCCCAAAAAUCUGAAUUCUUUUCAUUCUAUGUGUGAGAGUUUUCCUUAAUAUUCAUUUGUAUUUAUUUUUAUUUCAACAAAUAUGCAUAUUUAUUUUUUUAUUUUCGCUAAUUAUAUAUACAUAUAUAUAUAUUUACUACAUGCUUUUAACAUAUGAUUAUCCAUAUUCAUGUUUACAAUAAUGU